AUGAAGUCUCAAGAUGUAAACUUGGACAUCAGGGCUUUUUGUGCUCUUCAUGAGAUGCAUACUCAGUUUAGGAAUAAGAAUGUGGAUGGGAAGACUGUUAUCAAGUACUUUGGUUGUUGGAGUUUUAAACCUGCUCGAGCUCGAGUUUGGCCUCUCAAGAAGGGUUGGAGCUUUAUUCAUUUUCAUAAGAAAGUUGUGAGGGGGAAAGAUUAUUUUUAUCAUGACAAAGAAGCUUUUCGCCUGAAGAAGUAUACAAGAGAUGAAGAUUUUGUUUCUGCUACUGAAGUUAAGGCAGUUGAGAUUUUGGGCAAAUUUUUGAAGAAAGAGAAAGAUUUGAUGGACAAAAUUCUUGGAACAGAUUACAAGAGUCUGAAUAGAAUAUUUGAAACUGCUCAGAUCAAAUAUGAUGAAAGACCUCCACCAGCGUAUACUCGUGCAACGAAGCCGAGCAUAGAAAAUGUUACAAAGAAGAAAAGAGCUGGUGGUCAACUUGCUAAGAGGACUAGCAAGAAAAAGAAGGUUUCAGCUUCUUUUGAUUCAGAAAAAAUUGUAGAAGAUGAAGUUGAUUUGGGUCUUGAUGUUGACAGCCAAGAGGUUCUUAGUCAACAAGCUCGUGAUGAUGAGAAUUUGGCGAGUACUUUUCAUUCUGAUGAAAAUGUUGGUGAAGGGAACUUGUCUUCGCCUUGGAAAAAUAUUGGCAAAGACACUUUGCCUUCUUCAUCUGCUAUUGUUGAUGCUGGUGCUACUGUUGCUUCUGCUGCCGCUGGGGCACAGACUGAAGAAGGAUAUGUUGGUGUUACUCUUCAUGUUGCCUCACCUCCUCGAGUUGUGAUGCAAGAUUCUGAUUUAGGAGGUGGGGUUGUGGAGACUGAUGCUCCAAAAGCUAAGGCUCUUAAGGGUAAGGGUACUACUACUGUUACCCUUGAUUUUGAUGAUUCUGAUGAUGAUGUGUUUGACAAAGAGGCUAAAAAUGCUCGGGCUUCUUGUCUGACUGAGUCUACAAUUGAUGUGAACACUGGUGAAAAAGUUGCAUGUCAACUUGAAAAGGGUGUUUCUAUAGAAGAUGCGAAGAAUGCGACACUUCGUGAGAAGGGUUUGCUUGAAGAAAUUAAGUCUUUGAAAUCUCAGCUUGCUGCCAAAGAAAAAGAAAGAGUAGAAACAACUGAAGCUCUCCAUAAUAUGGAUUCAAAGUGUAUCUCUGUUGGGGCCAAGCUUGAGACAAAGACUGAAGAUUUUGAUAAUUUGAAGAAAGAUUUUGAUAAGGUUGUGAAGGAGAAAAAUUACCUUGAGAAGAAGUCUGCUGAGAAAGAUCAAAAUUUUCAUGACAAGUGUAAUUGUCUAUGGGAACUUUGCAAGAAUUGCUAUGACAAGUUUGGUGCGAAGCCAGAAGAUCCUUGCUGGGAACUUGGGGAAUUUGAUCCAUUAUUUGCUUGGUUGUGCCGUCAAUAUGAGGAUUUGCCAACUGUGGCAGAGUGUGCUUUCAUGAAGGCAAAGAAGAAGAUGGAGAAGCAGCUUGAGAAGGAAAUUGCUGCUGAUGAAAAGGAGCAGAGGGAACAGAACAAGCAUGAGGAAGAGUAUGCAACCAGUGAGGCGAAUCCUACGUUUGAUAUAUUUGUUGAACGUAAGCUGAUAUUUUGA